CAAGCACUUGGUCAUACUGAACGCUAAUAAUAACAAGCGCGUGAGUGAAAACCAGGAUUAUUUUUUGUAUUGUAAACAAAGGCGAAAGUCGCCAAAACAACAACAUUAGAUGAACGCUGUGAUUGCUUUAUGCCAUUUUUGCGAGGCGCAUGGGCCUUGCGCAAUUUUUUGCACUCAAACGCUACGCGACACCAAAAUUGAGGACGUUCUGCAACUGGAGCAACAAGCGCAAAAAACUUGUUCAGCCUGCAACUAUACGCUGGGACGCAACAAUAACAAUGCUAUUUACAGCAAAGAUACAGAAAGUGGUGCUUCAUUUGUGAGUACCAGAGUGGCUGCACUGCCGGAGGUUGCUACGCUGAUCAAGCAGGCAGCUGUGCGCAGUUUGAGCUGUGAGAUAAAUACCAACAGAGAUGGCGAUGGAGGCUUUGUAUUUUUUGGCGACUCCACACGCGGACACAUACUUAGUCACACAUUUCGCGUGAGUGAUCUGCAAGCACGUGGCUACUAUCAGCUCUUCUCCAUAAUUGUGCUCAUGAAGGAUAAGUAUUUUUUGCUGAAUACCAAACCCUUUCUGGCGGAGCAUUUGCGUAAAGUGUCCAGUGAACUGCAGGCGGGAGCACAGCGGACCAAGGAGGCUGAAGAGGUGCAGUACUCGGCACGACAGCGGCGCUUAUCGGGCGCACAGUUUCUCACGCCAACACCGCGUUCUCUGCUGGAGUUAACAGGCGAGGAGCAUGUAUUUGCCCAGCUGCAUUCACACUUUGCCUGGAUAUUGCUGGCUGGCUCGCGUUUUCUUACCGAGCAUGUUACCUUUGGUAAUCUUCCUUGGCUGCCACCACAGAGCAGCACCCGACCGCCCGCCCAGCGCUUGACGUACAACAGCUCCACUUUGCCCAUGAUACAGAUGUAUGAGGAAAACCUAGGCGAUGAUGAUUUUCUUUCGCUGCGUCUUAUCAAAAACGUGCUGCGCAAAGAAGACUUUGCCACCAUUUGUUAUUGCGCGCUGACUGGCGUGAAGAUCAUAGUGCGUGGUGCACCGGAGCGCACGUUUCAUUUCAUGGUGUGCCUGAAGAAGCUGUUGCCUGAGCCAAUGCACAAUCUAAUGCGCAUUGAUGCACAGCAUCAGCACUCGAUAAGCUCCGAGUACAAGAUUAUAUCCGUAUCCAAUGACAUAGCGGUGCCCAUAGCAAGCAGCACGGUCUAUCGUGUGGACUUUCUAGAAAAACAUAUAAAUGGAAAUGAUGCUGUUUCCGUCAAGUGGCCAGGCGAAUUGCCGCGAAAAUUGCCCGAUCUCAUGGUAAAGCUGAUGAAAGCUGUCAAGGCAGUGGAGGAUAAAACGUUUACCGAACUGGUGCUCAACAAACAGACCAAAGUGCUUAUCGAAGAGUGGAAAAACAAAGUCAUCUGCUUAAAUCAUGCCAAGUCGGGGAGUGUGCAGGCCAAACUGAAAAAUGUUCUAGGCAUACAGCCGCAGGAUCAGCCACUUAUAAAUUACUGGAGCACGCACUUGCACUAGGAGACUAUAUAAGCCUCUUAUGAUUGUAUAUACAAUAGUUUAGU